AUGUUUGAAAAGCAAUUAGUUGCCAUUAAAGCUAACUACAAGUUAUUAAGAGAAAAACUCUCCGACCCCAAUUUAAUUAAGGAUCCACACAACUAUAAAAAAACCAUUCAUGAAUUUAAUCGAUUAGAAGAAAUUCAUUCUCAUUCGCAAGAGAUUAAAAAAACCGAGACCAAGGUUUCAGAUUAUAAGAAAAUGCUUAAGGAAGAAAAAGAUCAGGACAUGGUUUCCUAUAUCAAAGAAGAACUCACUACUGAAGAAGCUUCUCUUGAUAAACAAAGGGAAAAACUAAAAAUUCUCAUGCUUCCUAGAUCGCUUGAAGACAAUCGGAAUGUCGUUAUGGAAAUUCGAGCUGGCACUGGUGGAGAAGAAGCAAGUUUGUUUUCUGCAGACCUCUUUAGGAUGUAUUCUUUUUUUUGCGAAAAAAAAAAAUGGAAAUUAGAAACCCUAUCCAGUUCUUCAAGUGGACUUAAAGGCUUUAAAGAAAUUAUUUUCUCAAUUACUGGAAAAAGUGUUUUUGAAAGCCUCAAAUAUGAAACUGGAGUGCAUCGGGUUCAAAGAAUUCCCCGGACUGAAACCAAUGGAAGAAUUCACACCUCUACCGUUACCGUAGCUGUUCUUCCGGAAGCUGAGGAAAAAGAUAUUGAAAUAUUAGAAAAGGAUUUAAAAAUCGAUACCUAUCGUGCGAGUGGCGCUGGAGGGCAACAUGUUAACACGACAGACUCUGCCAUUCGCAUCACUCACCUUCCAACCAAAGUCGUCGCAACCUGCCAAGACGAAAGAUCACAAUCAAAAAACAGAAAUAAAGCCAUGGUGAUUCUAAGAGCAAGAUUAUAUGAACAGCAACAAAAACAAUUUAAAGAAAACCAAGACCAACAGAGAAAGAGCCAAAUUGGGACUGGAGAAAGGUCCGAAAAAAUAAGAACUUACAACUAUCCCCAAUCUCGAAUCAGUGAUCACCGAAUUCAAUUAACCCUCUACCGGCUUGAAAGUUUCAUGGAAGGCAAUAUUGAAGAGGUAAUCGAAAAACUUAAAGAAAAAGAAAACAAAGAAAAAAUUUUGGCUUUUAACUCCUAA